UUUAUGUAAGCACCAAAACGGUGUGCAAAUCCGCCCAUUAUACAGAAUUAGUAAUCAAAAAACAUUUGAGUGAUAAGUGGUUGAUGAUUCAUGCGGCUUAAAUUUUUUUCUGUGUAAUAUUCUAAGAUUUAUCAUCCGUGAAGGCAGGAUACAAGAUCAGCUGUGAUCAUGGACCCGGAAGCAUUUUUGGAUGUGGCCAAUCAGGUCAUCAAGCUGAAAAUGUUUCCGUUUUUCGACAUUGCUCACAGUUUACUUGCCGCGCUGGCCGUGCGCGAGGACUUGGGCGCCAAUGCACAGGCCUUCUCACGUAAGCAUCCAUUGGCCUGCUGGCUCUCGACCAUGCUCGUCAUCUUUGCCGGUGGCAUGGUGGCCAAUGGCCUGCUCGGCGAACCCAUACUGGCACCAUUGAAAAAUACCGGCCAGCUUUUAGUGGGCACAGCCGUAUGGUACGUUGUCUUCUAUACGCCGUUCGAUAUUGGUUUCAAGGUGGCCAAAUUCCUGCCCGUGAAAAUUGUGGCCAGUGCCAUGAAGGAGAUAUAUCGGGCAAAAAAGGUCUACGACGGUGUGGGGCAUGCGGCCAAGCUGUAUCCGAAUGCCUGGAUAAUCAUGAUCAUCAUUGGCACUCUGAAGGGCAAUGGGGCAGGAUUCACCAAGCUGAUUGAACGCCUCAUUCGUGGCGCAUGGACACCAACGGCCAUGGAAUUCAUGCAGCCAAGCUUCUACACCAAGGCUUCUCUGCUUGCUUCGAUCAUCUUUGUGCUGGACAAGAAGACCGACUGGAUCUCAGCACCGCACGCUCUGGUGUACUUUGGAAUUGUAAUCUUUUUGGUUUACUUUAAGCUGUCGUCCAUUCUGCUGGGCAUACACGAUCCCUUCCUGCCAUUGGAGAAUCUGGGCUGUGCCAUCUUCUUUGGCGGCAUUUGGGAUAGCUUGGCCAAGAUCUUGGGCCGCGGACAGGCCAAGGAUGGCGACAGUAAAGAUGUUAAGAAAAACAACUAAAACAUUAUUUUGUAGUUAGAACAAGAACAAACGUAAUCAAUCAUCGCUGCCAAACCAAACGCACAGACAUAUAGCAUAGCAUGAACCAUCACUAGAUCGAUCGAUUGUACGAUUUCGAGCCAAAGACAUAUAUUUUUGUUGUUGUUGUGAGUAUCACUCUCGAUGGCCAGCACCCAGGGGGUGUGUAUGGUGCUGCUGGCCAUCGAUUUGUGAUUAAGGACCCUAUCCGUAUAAAUUUGUGUAUUCUAAUGUAUUGCAAUUGGUAGGAUUAAUUAUGGGACAGAACGACACACUUAGAUGCCGUAUAAACAAACACACACACGCACAUAAUACAUUAUUACAUCAUAAUACAUCAUUAUCUACGACUUGAACGACAGAACAGACGAUGCCAUGCCGCAAAAGAGGCAGAAAGAACGAAAGUGUGUACAUAAAUACAUAUAUUGAAAGUGCAGCAGAGUGCAGCAGCAGAAGAAAGUGAGGGUCGUGUUGCUUCGCUUCUAUAUAUAUUUUAUUUUAUUUGACUUUACUUUAUUUUUUUAAAUACAUUUUAAGAGUGUUUGUAUUUUAGGGCCACCUUUGAACACGCAUUCAAAAGCUGUUUUUGAAGGCUUAAUAAUUUUUUUUUGUAAGAGGUAUGAAUGUUUAUUGGUUGCAAUAAAAAAAUAUGUAAACGAUUUAUUUUAUUUCUGUUCUUUUUUUUUACUUUUGAUUGUUUGUUUGUUUUGCAAUAUUUUGAUGAAGAUGAAGAUCUAUGACUAUCAGAUACCGAGAGAAAAACAGAUUAUAGAUUCAAGUAUCUAAUUAUGUAUUAUUGGAAGUAUUUGAAGGCUAAAAAGGCCUUAGAAUGAGGAGAAAAACUUCACUCUAUUCUAACUCUGUUUCUAUGUUUCUACAUUUCUUCCACUAAAGGGGGGAAGACAGAUGUCUGGACUUAAAAAAUAGACUCUCUCUCUCGCUUUAUUCUUCUUAUUGCCCUUAACUUUGUUUUCCGUCAAUCCUUUUUGUUUAUCCCUUACAAAUAUAUAUAUAUAUAUAUGUAUUGUCCACUCCCUGAGCAAGUGUUAUACAGUGGUGUAGUGCGCUUUACAAUGAAC